AUGGAAAAGUAUGAAGUCAUAUCGAAAAUAGGCUCUGGUUCGUAUGGGGAAGUGUCGCUCAUUCAGGACAAGAAAACGUCGAAGAAAUAUGUGGUGAAGAAAGUGAGCUUGCUGGGCACGUGGAAAGAGAGAAAAGCGGCGAUGCUGGAGGUGAAGUUGUUACAGACACUCAAGCAUCCGAACAUCGUCUCGUACCACGACUCGGUUCAGAGUCAAGACGGCCACUUGCAAAUUGUCAUGGCCUACUGCGAAGGCGGCGAUCUCUGCAGAUAUCUCAAAAAGCGAAAAGAGCCACUGGACGAGCAGCAACUUGUCGAAUGGCUCGUGCAGACCUGCAUGGCGCUACAGUACUUGCACAGCAAAAACAUUCUUCACAGGCUCAGGUUCGAAAACGCCACUACUCCGAUACUCCUUGUUGUCACCAAACUACCAAAACAACCGCAAAUUACCAAAGAAAAAGAAACUGAAAGAGUGAAAAUCAUCAAUUGGAAGGUCACUCUUUCUUAG